AUUUAUUAUCUAGAAUAGACUUGGAUGAACUGAUGAAAAAAGAUGAACCACCUCUUGAGUUUCCUGAUACUCUUGAAGGAUUUGAGUAUGCUUUUAAUGAAAAGGGGCAGCUGAGGCAUAUAACAACAGGGGAGCCAUUUAUCUUUAAUGCUCGUGAAGAUUUGCACCGGUGGAACCAAAAGCGCUAUGAGGCUCUUGGAGAGAUUAUUACUAAAUAUGUAUAUGAGCUCCUGGAAAAGGAUUGCAAUUUGAAAAAAAUCUCACUUCCAGUAGAUGCUACUGAAAGUGAACCAAAGAAUUUUAUCUUUAUGAGUGAGGAUGCAAUGACUAAUCCAGACAAACUGAUGGUUUUAAUUCAUGGUAGUGGUGUUGUCAGGGCAGGUCAAUGGGCUAGAAGGCUUAUUAUAAAUGAAGAUCUGGACAGUGGCACACAGAUACCUUAUAUUAAAAGAGCUAUGGAUGAAGGCUAUGGAGUAAUAGUGCUCAAUCCCAAUGAAAACUAUAUUGAAGUGGAAAAGACCAAAUCACAAGUGCAGUUAUCUUCUGAUGGCUCAGAUGAGCCAGCAGAAAAACGUGAAAGAAAAGAUAAAAAUUUCAAAGAAGCAAAGAAGCGGCGUGAUUUUUAUGAAAAGUAUCGUAAUCCCCAGAAAGAAAAAGAGAUGGUACCAUUAUAUAUUAGAGACAAUGGCUCUCCUGAAGAACAUUUAAUCUAUGUAUGGGAUCACUUCAUAAUUCAUUCUGCAGCUGAGAAUACAUUUUUUGUUGCUCACAGCUAUGGAGGACUUGCCUUUGUUGAGCUGAUGAUUCAACGAGAAGCAGAUGUAAAAAAUAAGGUAACUGCUGUGGCGUUGACAGACUCUGUUCACAAUGUGUGGCAUCAAGAAGCUGGCAAAACUAUCCGGGAAUGGAUGAGAGAGAACUGUUGUAAUUGGGUGUCUAGUUCAGAACCAUUAGAUACAUCAGUGGAGUCCAUGUUGCCUGACUGCCCUCGAGUCUCUGCAGGUACUGAACGUCAUGAGCUCACUUCGUGGAAGAGUCUCCCAUCCAUUUUCAAAUUCUUUACUGAAGCUUCGGAAGCAAAGAACAGUUCACUCAAAGCAGCUCUGACUCGGCGCUCACACAGGAUAAAACACGAAGAGAUUUGAGAGGAGGGAGAGAAAGAGAAAGGACACACAGCCAAACACAUCCGAGCAUACACACGUACACACCCGCAAACACACCCGCAAGCGCACACAGGCAUCCCUUAACUGCUUAUUUUCGGCAAGCAGACUCCCAGCCCCUCAUUAGAUUGUUUUCUUCCUAGAGCACAGGGUCGUGAUGUAUACAUCUAAAUAGCGUUUUGCAUUAUUUCUAGAUGAGUGCAACUGUCAAAGCAAUAUGGGUUCACUGGUUGUGCUUCCUGUGGGCUGUAGCUUGGAUUUCGUGCUGCCCAUCAGUGCGCAGAUUAAGGCUGACAGCGGUACUGCACAGUGCAGCGUGGUGCAGCUCUAAUUGCCCUGACAUAGCCCUGCACCGAGUUGAUGGCACAGCUUAACAGUUUCUUCAUGGUCCUAUUGCCUGCAAUAUUUCUGCUGCUUUGGAAAGAGAAAAAAAAAACAAAACAGAAUACUUCACCUUUUUUGCUUUUGGAGAGGAGCAUACUAUUAUUUUAUAAAUAAUUUUAGGUAGAUUUUUGUCAUCUUAUUGGCUUUAUUUUGCCAAUAAAUUUUAACCCCUUUAAAUUAACAGCACAAAUCCUUUGUAUUGUGUAGAUCUGUAGGUGUGAACUACACCCUCAUGAAAAAAUCUAUUUUCUUUAGGAGUCUAGAGAAAACUUAUUGAAGAUCUAUCAAUUCCUAAAUCCACUUUAUUCUGCUAGAAGAACUCUGGACUUGAAAAUAAAAUUUCAAUAGAAAUAGAAAAGUAAGGAAAAGAGAAAGUUUGGAAAUGUAAAUCAAAACAAAU